GGCGCACAGAACUAUCCCGUUCUUUUGACGGGAUUGAAACCAAAUUUGCAACAAAACUUCAAUAAAGACCGAUUUUACAAUGUAUGAAACCAAUUUACAAGAAAAAUGUUACAGGUGUACAUAACACUACGUAGCAUUAUCCAUUUUACAAUAGGCGAAAUUCUACACGACAAUUUGCAAUUCUCUCAAUUGACCAUUUACAUGGUUGCCCCUCUAAGCAUUACGAAUUCCCUUUCGGCCCCAAACAUUAGGGUUUUUCUGCCUCCUCUCCCCAUUCGACCGUCUCUCUUUCCAGAAAUCUCUGCCGAGCAAUCUAGGUUCCCAAUUAGUUGCAGAGAUUUCAAUUCCUGCUUUGAAAGGUAGAAACAUGACGACAGUUGUCCCCACGUCCGAGGAAGAUCCCGCGCUCUCAGUCGUCCGGUUCACCGCUGACUUGUCCUGGGCCGAUGCCGGUCUUGAGGUCGCAGAGGGACAGGUGAAUAGAUUGUGCGUUGAGGCACAAGAAUGUAUGAUGCAAAACAGGUGGUUGGAUUUGGCUUCCUUGAUGCUUACUUCUGCUGAUGUAAUUUUUUCUAAAGCCUCUGAGAAAGAUCUUGAAUGUGCUUACACUGUGAUCUGCAACCUUGUUAAGAAGCCUGAGAGCCUCGAUCAAGUGCAUGAGAUGGCAGAGCUUAUAGCCAUAAAAGUUACCCAACAGCCUAAUGACAAACCUGCACUGCGCUUAAAGAUCUUGUUUAACCUCUACAACCUAUUGGACAACCCAUACAGCCAGUUUUUUGUUUAUAUGAAGGCCCUCAACUUGGCAAUCAGUGGAAAGGUCACCGAACAUGUCUUACCAUCGUUUAGAAAGAUGGAAAACUUUUUGAAGGAGUGGAAUCUUGGAGUUAAGGAUAGGAGGGAUCUCUUUCUUGCUGUUUCAAAUAUAUUGAAGGAUAGCAAGGGCUCUGCAAAAGACUCCUUUGAUUUUCUUGUCAAGUAUCUUGAGACUUUUUCGGGUGAUGAUGUGUUGGCUGUGGAUGAAGCUAAGGAAGAAGCUGUCCGAGCUGUUAUUGAAUUUGUGAAGGCACCUGACAUGUUUCAGGGUGACUUACUAGAUAUGCCUGCUGUAGCACAAUUGGAGAAAGAUGCAAAAUAUGCUCCGAUAUAUCAGCUUUUGAAAAUCUUCCUUACUAAGAGGCUGGAAGCCUAUUUGGAUUUCUAUUCAUCAAAUUCUAGCAUAUUGGGCAGCUAUGGUCUUGUGCAUGAAGAUUUGGUUUCCAAAAUGAAAUUGAUAUCCCUGGUGGACCUUGGAAAAAAUGAAUCUGGUCAAAUUUCUUACUCCUUAAUUAAGGAAACUCUCCAGAUUGAAGAUGAUGAAGUAGAGCCAUGGAUUAUCAAGGCAAUAUCAGCUAAGUUAAUAGACUGCAGAAUUGAUCAAAUCAACCAUGCAGUGAUUGUGAGCCGCUGCACAGAGCGUGUUUUUGGGCUUCAUGAAUGGCAGUUCCUUCGCUCAAAGCUUGCAGCAUGGAGGGUCGUGGAGAUGAGCAGCGGCAGCCACCGUAAAGGUCCGCCGAAGCAUCAGAACAAAUUCGCCUGGAAACCUCACGCCGGCCAGAAGAUCAAUCCUACUGAAGUCGGGGGAAGUUUCAGGCCCCUUUCAGAAGUAACAGGGGUUUGCCCUCGCUGCAAAGGACAGAUCGAAUGGAAGCGAAAAUACGGAAAAUAUAAGCCCCUUACUGAACCGGCCAAAUGUCAGCGGUGUUCCAAGAGGAAUGUUCGACAAGCUUAUCACAAUCUCUGCACUGGUUGUGCCAAGGAGCAUAAUGUUUGUGCAAAGUGUUCAUGCCGAGUUGACCAGAUAGUUGGGAGAGAUCUUUCGGAAGUGGAAGCUGAGCAGAAGACAUUGGAUGAGGCAAUCAAGAAUGCUCGGGAGAGGGAAAGAAGAAGUAUGCUGAGAGCUAUCAACAAAGGAAAAUCUCAGUCGUCGGUCUUGGCUCAAAAAAAGGACGAGAGAAAAGUUGGUGACCUAUUUCCAGCAUCAUCACUCGAAGAGUAUGUGGAAUUGAGCAGGGAUGAUGAGGACGAUCUCAGUCACGAUGAUUACCCGCAGGUAAUAGGCUAGUGCUCUUCUAAGGGAAGCUUUAUAUUAUACUGAAGCUUUCAGGGACACUACUUUUGUUGUUUGUAGUGAUGCUGAGAUUUUCGAACUUGUAUAACUGCCAUGCUUUUCUUAGCUCGUUUUUUGGCAAGGGUUAUUUAUGCCUGGGCAUUAUUCCAUCGACUUUUGAGCAUUAUUGAUUUGUCUCCUCGGUUUGUUCGACACUUUUCUUCUGCUAAUUGAUUGUUAGUAAAGAAGUAGUCGGGCCAAUGAUCUUCAAAGCAACUUCCAUAUUUCAAUCGGUGGCAUUACUAUCUUUCUGUCUAUGUUCUUGAUAUGUUGAAGAUGAUAGAUAAUAAGGGAGGAGUGUGAUAAAUAAUUUUGUUAUCAUACCUUGGAACUCAUUUAAUGGUCAUGAUUGACUAUUAGUUGAUAGCGGGUUGCAAUAGCUUAUUUGAUCAGCUAGUUUUAUUAGAGGUUUAUAAAUAACUGUUUG